GCUCUCACUCGCUCCGGUCCGCUGAGGCGGCUUCGGGCUGAGGCCAUGGCCCCAGGCGCCUCCCCCGCGGACCAGCCGGGCUUCGGCGUGGCCCUCCUGGCUGGAGGGAUAGCAGGUGUCUCUGUUGACUUGAUAUUAUUUCCUUUGGAUACCAUAAAAACUAGGCUUCAGAGUCCCCAAGGAUUUAAUAAGGCUGGUGGUUUCCGAGGAAUCUACGCUGGUGUUCCUUCUGCGGCUAUUGGAUCCUUUCCUAAUGCUGCAGCAUUUUUUAUCACCUAUGAGUAUACAAAAUUUUUGUUGAGAACUGACUCAUCGUCAUACUUGGUCCCAGUGACUCAUAUGUUGGCUGCCUGUGCUGGAGAAGUGGUGGCCUGUUUGAUCCGUGUUCCUUCAGAAGUUGUGAAACAGAGGGCACAGGUGUCUGCUGCUUCUGGGACAUUUCAUAUUUUUUCCAACAUCCUGUAUCAAGAGGGUAUCCAAGGAUUAUAUCGCGGUUAUAAAAGCACUGUUUUAAGAGAGAUUCCUUUCUCUCUUGUGCAGUUUCCUCUGUGGGAGUCCUUAAAAGCCCUCUGGUCACGGAAGCAAGGCCAUGUGGUCGACUCCUGGCAGUCAGCAGCUUGUGGAGCUUUUGCAGGUGGAUUUGCAGCAGUAGUCACCACACCUCUGGACGUGGCCAAGACAAGAAUUAUGUUGGCAAAGGCGGGUUCUGCCACUGCCAGUGGAAAUGUUCUGUCUGCCCUGCUUGAGGUCUGGAAGACACAAGGGAUCUCUGGAUUAUUUGCAGGUGUUUUCCCUCGAAUGGCAGCAAUCAGCUUGGGAGGUUUCAUCUUUCUUGGUGCUUACGACCAGACACGCAGUUUGCUGUUUUAACUUGGCAAAGCAAGCCCAUGAAUUACAUCCAAAGGCCAACUGAUAGGCACUUCUUUCAAGUAAGAAGACCUGGUGUCCAUCAUGUCCCCAUUCCCCACUACACCUCCCGUCCUUUGUAGGGAGCAACAGUUGAACCCUUGUAGCAACCAGACGUUUUAUAUGAUCUGGAAAUCCAGUUUUGAUAAAAAAUUACAUUCAAAGUGUCCUGUCCAUGGAGUAGGCUGAGCUGAAUGGAGUCACAGAAAUCUCUCUGCCAAGAAGAGAAGUUAAUUAUGUCCCCAAAAGCCUUUUGAAAGGGAUCCUCAGCCCCAUCCCCCACCCCCACUGCUAAUGAACACGAUCACGGCCCACAAGAUCUUUCAUUUCCUGCCACCUGAGAGUCUCCGGACACAGCUUCGCUCAGGAAUGCUGAAGCCAAGAGGUCCAUUUGUUUGGGGUUUGAUUCAUAUUGUGAAAGUUUAUAGCUUUGUUUAGACCCACAGGUGCACAGCAGGCCUUCUCACUAGGCAAUCAGGCCUGUAGCUUUAAUUACCUUCAGAUUUACUUAUAAACACACAGUUGCUUCCCUCAACUACAAGUUGAGCGUCCAGCCAGCUUUUGGGAUACGGGCCCAGCUCUGACUUUGGGGGGUAGAGAAGAACUCUGCUCAACUGGAGUUCAGGAAGCAUUGGGUCAGUCGAGGCGUCUGCACCUGCUCGCGACUUUUCAAGUCAUUGAAGACUUUUUAAAAUUAAGGACUAGAAAUACCAAGUCAGAAAAAUCUCAUGGUGCUGCAGAGCAAAUACUGUGAAACAGGCUGUCUGAAUAGAAACUGAAAACGCACUUGGGUCAGUCCUGAGAACAGAGGACUAGGUUUCUGAGUGCAAAAGGCUCCUGAGUUAGGUUUGGUACGUCUCACUCCUAUCUGAUGGCUACUGUAGCUACAGGUAAAAUCUGAACUAUCUGAGAUGAUCUCUGCUCCAUCACUACUGCACGGAAACGUUGCUUUCUCUACGAAGAGAAAGAAAAGUCCUUAUCUGCGCUCCACCUUUCCACCCCGUCCCUUGAAGAAAAGUUCCAAUCAACCCAGAAAAAUUAAUAUUUAUAAAUGAACCUUUAUUAAAAGACACUUCAAUGCCAUUUGUUAGACACGUCAAUAUUUUACAUGUUUUUUCAAUGUACAACAUUGUACCAAAUUUUCUAUAAAUAAAUAACUUUGUACACAAAA